UUUGCCAGGGUGGAGAGGAAGCCGGGAGGGAGACACCUGCGAUGGGAGCCUUUGUCUUCCAGCCAGGGGUGGAGGAUCGAGUGGAGGCAUGUCAGGGCUGGGGUGACUGCUGACCCCAACACGGGAGCCUCGGGGCGGUGCGCACCGUGGGAAGUGAGCCGCAGCGUGCUGAGGCCUCUCUAGGGAGUGGGCGGAGCCACACCUGGCAUUCACUGGUGAAGUGGGCGGUGAGCAGUCCGGCUAGCACCCACCGAUGGCAGGAAGGACGCCCUGGAAGAGCUGCACGUUUGAUCCUGGGCCACUGUGUUCGCUGAGCCUCCCAGACGGGGACCCGGAGCUGCUGUCCCCGCAGCUGCAGGCCCCCUAUUCCAGGGGCACAGAGCCCCUCAGCUCCCCCGGCCUCUCCCAGCACGCCCCGGCAGCCCAGGAGUACCUGCCUUUCUUCCGCACCUACGGGCAGCUCCAGGACGAGGAGCAGCUGGCCCUGCGGCCCGCGGUAUACGGGGACGGAGGAGCGGCGCUGUCCCAGGAGGACUCGGCGCAGCCCUGCGGCUUCUUCCCUUACUACCACUCCCAGGACAAGCAUUUCCCCAGCCUGGCCCCUCCUGGCUGGUCACAUGGGGCCUCCCAAGACCCCCUCCCCACGAGGGUGGCCCAGGCGGGCAGCUGCUGCAGGACGUCAGCCAGGGACGCACACGCUGCCACCUCUGCAGGCUCGGCCUACACCCCUGGCUCCGCACACGCUCCAGCCUGCUGCAGCCUCCUGCUGGCCUCAGCAGGGUGCCCCUGCGACUGUGCCCCGAACGCCCAGCUCUGCAGGGUCCGCAGCCUCGAGGCCGCAGGCUUUGUGCCCUACUACAGAAGCCACGAGGAGAGGCUGCGCACCAGCCCCGGGCCUCCGGCCCCUCCAUCGGGAAGCCAGGAGAUCUCCAGGGGGCUGCCCAGGCCUGGUGCAGCCACACCGAAGCCCCCUGGCCCUUCUCACUGCUCGGCGUCUGGCUCAACAGGCCUGGGGUCUUUGUCCUGGAGGAGCAGAGGCAAGAUGAUGAGCCCAUGCCCCAUGUCAGUCCCCUCCCUGUCCUCCCAGGAGCACCCACUUCUCCGUCCCAGCUGGAAUCCCUGCCAGUGGGCAGCCAGCAGCUGCACCCAGAGCCGCACCACAGGGGAGCGUCAGUGCUGCCCGGUGCUCAGGCCUCCUCACAGUGCUUCCACGGCCUGGCCCAGGCCGGGGCCGAGCAGCGGGGGCCGUCUGAGCUACAGAGGGGUGUGCACACGCACAGCCUGGUCUUGUAAAUAAAUCAUUUCACUGCA